CAUCAGCCAUGAGAGUGAUUGUGCUUGCCCUGACCUUGGCCUUCGUGGCUGCUCAGCCCCAUAACUUGGCUCCUGAUUUUGCUGCCGGUAAGACUUAUGUCUACAAAUAUGAGACACUGCUCCUGGGCGGUCUUCCGGAUCAAGGUUUGGCAAGAGCCGGACUCAAAAUCAGCAGCAAAGUUCUCAUCAGUGCAGCAGGUCAAAAUACAUUCAUCCUGAAGCUUGCUGAACCAGAGAUCGCUGAGUUCAGUGGUGUCUGGCCCAAGGAUCCUUUAGUCCCAGCACCAAAGGUGACCGCAGCCCUGGCCGCUCAGCUCUUGACUCCCGUCAAGUUUGAGUAUGCCAAUGGUGUUGUUGGAAAAGUCUUUGCCCCUGAGGUAAUCUCAACAAUGGUGCUGAACGUCUACAGAGGUAUCCUGAAUGUUCUUCAGCUCAACAUCAAGAAGACACAGAAUGUCUAUGAGAUGCAGGAGGCUGGAGCUCAGGGUGUGUGCAAGACCCUUUAUGCCAUCAGUGAAGACGAAAAGGCUGAACGCAUCCAUUUGACAAAGACCAGGGAUCUGAACCACUGUCAGGAGAGGGUGAUGAUGGAUAUAGGAUUGGCAUACACUGAGAAAUGUGUAAAGUGUCAGCAGAAUUCAAAGAACCUGAGAGGAGCUACAGCAUACAAUUACGUCUUGAAGCCAGUUGCUAACGGCAUCCUGAUCCUGGAGGCAACAGUCAAUGAAGUGAUCCAGUUCUCACCUUUCACUGAAAUGAAUGGAGCUGCUCAGAUGGAGACAAAGCAAUCCUUGGUCUUCCUUGAGAUUCAGAGAGCCCCUAUUGUACCCAUCGAGGUUGAGUAUCUUCACCGUGGAUCUCUCAAGUACGAGUUCUCCACUGAGCUUCUUCAGACACCCAUUCAGCUCAUCAAGAUCACCGACGUCAAGGCUCAGAUUGUGGAGGCUCUGAAUCAUCUGGUUGCCCACAACGUUGAGAGAGUCCAUGAAGAUGCACCUCUGAAGUUUUUGGAACUCAUUCAGCUCCUCCGUAAUGCACAUUUUGAAGACCUGGAAAUGCUCUGGAGCCAAUACAGAACCAAACCUGCCUACAGACAGUGGAUCCUGGAUGCAAUCCCUGCCACUGGAACUCCUGCCGCUCUGAAAUUCAUCAAGGAGAAAUACAUGGCUGGUGCCUUGUCUGUUGCUGAAACUGCUCAGGCUUUGAUUGUAUCUGUUCACAUGGUGACAGCAAACACUGAGGCCAUCAAGAUCAUCCAGGAAAUGGCAGUCAACAACAAGAUAGUGCAAAACCCAAUUCUGCGUGAGAUCGUCCUCCUUGGAUAUGGUACCAUGAUUGCAAAACACUGUGUUGAGAUGGCUGUCUGCCCUGCUGAACUUGUUAAGCCCAUCCAAGAGCUCCUUGCAGAGGCUGUUGCUAAAGAUGAGACCCAGGACAUCAUCCUGCUCCUGAAAGUUUUGGGAAACGCUGCCCAUCCUACUAGCCUUAAGCCCAUCACAAAGAUCCUGCCCAUUCAUGGCACUGCAGCUGCAUCUCUGCCCAUGAGAGUCCAUGCUGAUGCCAUCCUGGCCCUGAGGAACAUUGCAAAGAAGGAGCCUAGAGUGAUUCAAGAAUUGGCCAUUCAGCUUUACAUGGACAAGGCUCUUCACCCAGAGCUGCGUAUUCUUGCAUGCAUUGUGCUGUUUGAGACAAGGCCUCCAAUGGGUUUGGUAACAACUCUUGCCAAUAUUGUGAAGACAGAGCAGAAUCUGCAGGUAGCAAGCUUCACUUAUUCUCACAUGAAGGCCCUGACAAGGAGCACUAUCCAUGCCACAGUUGCUGCAGCUUGCAACGUCGCCAUGAAGAUCUUGAGCCCAAGGCUAGACAGACUGAGCCUACGUUUCAGCAAAGCCAUCUACAUGGAUGUCUAUAACAAUCCCUUAAUGCUUGGUGCUGCUGCCAGCGCUUUCUACAUCAAUGAUGCUGCCACCAUUCUGCCCAGAUCCUUGAUGGCUAAAACCACUGCCUACCUUGCUGGAGCUGCUGCUGAUAUUCUGGAGGUUGGAGUUAGAACUGAGGGACUCCAGGAGGUUCUUCUGAAAAACCCUGAACUCGUUGACAAUGUUGACAGGAUCACCAAGAUGAAGCGUGUUAUUAAGGCUCUUUCUCAGUGGAAGGCUCAGCCCAACAGUGCACCUCUGGCAUCCGUCUAUGUCAAAUUAUUCGGACAAGAAAUUGCCGUCGCCAACAUCGACAAAGUUUUGAUUGACCAGGCCAUUGCGCUUGCCACUGCACCCUCUAUGAAGGAAUUGGGUAUGAAUGCUCUCAAGGCUCUGCUGGCUGGUACUUCCAUGAACUUCGCUAAGCCCCUGCUUGUCACUGAAGUGAGGCGUAUCCUGCCAACUUCUGCAGGUCUUCCAAUGGAGCUCAGUCUGUACACCGCUGUCGUGGUUGCUGCAUGUGUUCAAGUCAAGGCCAUCACAACACCAGCUCUGCCAGAAAACUUCCAUCUUGCUCACCUUCUGAAGACUGACAUACAGCUUGAGACUGAGAUCAAACCAAGCAUUGCUUUGAACACAUUUGCUGUGAUGGGAAUAAACGCCCUCUUACUCCAGGCUAAUGUGAUGUCAAGAGCUAAAUUCAACUCCAUUCUCCCAGCCAAAAUCACCGCAAGACUCGACCUCAACGAGGGCCACUUUGAGAUUGAAGCUCUGCCCGUUUCUGCGCCUGAAAACAUUGCAACUGUUCUAGUUGAGGCUUUAGCUGUGAUAAGAAAUAUGGAGGAUCGUGCUGCUGAAAGAAUCACCCCCAUCAUCCCUCCCAAACUCUUGCCGCCCAUUUCAUCUGCUUCUGCUAGUUUGUCUUCAGAGAUCCUUAGCCAGGAGGUCGAAGCCCCCAUCAUUACACCCAAAGCAGUGCAGUUUGAGAAGAAGUAUUGUGCUAAAGCUGUUGCCCUCGGACUGAAGGGAUGUUUGAGGGUUGCCACUGAGAAUGCUGCUUCCCUCCAUGCUGCUAUUUUGUACAAACUGGUUGGAAAGCACUCUGCUGCUCUCUCCUUAAAACCAAUUGAAGGAGAGGCCAUUGAGCGACUGGAAUUUAAGGUUCAGAUUGGACCAAAGGCUGCAGACAUGCUUGUUAAACAGAUCAACCUGAGUGACGACAUUCUUGAAGAACAACCACUUAUGAUGAAGCUGAAGAAACUCCUGGUCCCUGAUCAGAGGGUCAAAUCAUCUUCCUCUUCUAGCUCCAGCAGCUCUCGCUCAACUAGCUCCAGCUCCAGCUCCAGUUCCAGCUCCUCCUCUCGUGUUGCCAGCAAGGCCUUUGAUGCAUCUGUGAGCAAAACCAGCUCGGCAUCUAGCCUUACAUCACUCUUUAGGCAUAGCUCAAGCUCCUCCAGCUCCGGUGCUCGUCCCACAAUGCAACUGAUUGCUCGCAAGUUCCAGAUGAACCACAAGUUGCAGACUCUCACCUCUCAAGCAUCGAUCGUUUCCAAAAGCAGAAGCAGUGACUCAAGCUUUGAGGCCAUCACCACACAGAACAGAUUCCUUGCCAAAGAUAUUGCUCCUAUCUUUGCAAUCAUCGUCCGUGUCAUCAAAGUCGACAAGAGGGUGAUUGGAUACGAACUGGCAGGCUACUUGGACAGAUCUACCUCCAGACUUCAGAUUGUUCUGGCUGCCUUGGCUGCCGAUGACAACUGGAAGCUCUGUGUUGAUGGAGUUCUUCUUAGCAAACACAAAGUCACAGGUCAAAUCGCCUGGGGAGAACAAUGCAAGCAGUACAACAUAAUGAUCACAGCCGAGACAGGUCUUCUUGGAAAAAGCCCUGCAGCUCGCCUCAGAGCGACCUGGAAAGAACUGCCUUCUGCCCUUAAACGCUAUGCAAAGAAGGUUUAUCACUACAUUCCUGCUAACACACCAGCUGGCGUGAUCAAAGGAAAGGAUGAAACGAGCGUCAAUCAGCUGUCCUUAACAGUGGUUGCCACAUCUGCCAAAAUCAUUGAACUCAUUUGGAAAGCACCAACACGUACUGUCUAUAAGCUGGACCUGCAUCUUCCAAUGGCUCUGCCACUUGAAAAAAUCAAGAGUCUUACCCCCUUCGAUGAGGUUAUUGAUAAUGUCAACUACAUCCUUGCCGAGGCUGGCGCAGCUGAAUGUAGCUUUGCCAACAACAUAUUGACCACAUUCAACAACAAAAGAUACAAGAACGAGAUGCCCCAAUCUUGCUACCAAGUUCUGGCACAGGAUUGUACCAAUGAGCUUAAAUUCAUGGUUCUGCUGAAGAAGGAUCGAAUUGAACAGAACGACAUCAACGUGAAAAUCGCUGAUAUCGAUAUUGACCUGUACGCUAGGAACAGUGAAGUGUUUGUGAAGGUCAAUGGAAUGGAAAUACCCAGCAACAACCUGCCAUACAAGCAUCCCACAGCUCCAAUCCAGAUCAAGCGUAAGGGUGAUGGUAUCUCUGUGAUCGCUCCCAGUCUUGGUCUACAUGAAGUCUACUUUGACAAGAACUCAUGGAUGAUUAAAGUUGUGGACUGGAUGAAGGGACAGACCUGUGGACUCUGUGGAAAGGCUGACGGAGAAAUCAGACAGGAGUACCAAACACCCAACGGACGCUUGACAAAGAGCGCAGUCAGCUUCGCUCAUUCCUGGGUUCUCCCAGCCGAGAGCUGCAAGGACAGCACCGAGUGCCACAUGAUGCUUGAAUCUGUGCAGCUGGAAAGUCAGAUAAACAUCCAUGGCCAGGAAUCUAAAUGCUUCUCUGUUGAGCCUGUGCUGCGCUGCCUGCCCGGCUGCUUCCCUGUGAAGACCACCUCCGUCACUGUUGGCUACCACUGCCUGCCUGCUGAUGUCCAGAAUCGCCCCGAGGACAUCUAUGAUAAGAGCAUGGACCUGAGGGAAACAGCAGAAGCCCACCUCGCCUGCAUCUGCACUGCUCAGUGUGCUUAAUAAUAUUAACUUCUUUCAAUAACUUGCAUCAUGUUUUGAAUAAAAUUCAUUACAAAGAAAA